CCAUUUUCAAUAGCCUCAGGGGUUCGAACUUCGAAGGGAAGUGAGAUUGUGUUUCAGAGAAACCAAACAUGGCAGCUUCGGUCGCUACUGGAAGAUCCAAUCUAGUGCGUGCGAUUUGCCGGCGUUCGAAGUUUUCUUCCUCGGGGACAAGAAGUUUCUCAAUGCCACUACGUCCAUCCAAUUCCGUCCCUCGUCGGACUCAAAUGCCCCCUCAUCCUCUUUCUCCAAGGUUGCUUCGAAGACAACUAAGCUCUCUUCAACCCGUCCACUCCGCAGUAGCUUCCGCUUGCCUUGUCUCCAAGCUCCCCAGUGAAGCCAGCACCUCCACCGAAGGUCAAUUUGUGAACUACCUCAGUCCAAUUUAGAACUGAGUGAAUGGCAAGAUCAAGAAUUUGUUCUUACUUUUGUCGUUGACUGAUUAGUUCUUCUCAUAAGUUGGAGUUCGAAUUUUCCUACCUUAAUUGCUUGACAUGCCUUUUAACUUUCUUUUACUAAAUAGCAACCCGUCGAUGAUCUAUUUCUUUAGAUUCUCCUACUUUUGAUAAACUUGAUUUAAGUUUGAUGAGUGAAUCUAUGUUUUCCUGUUAUUUUCGAUUAUUACCAUAUGAAUCAUUUGGGAAAGCAAUAAAUCAAAAUUUGGAAUUUGUUCUUGAUGGAAGAUGCUAAUAUGCUGUUUCAAACUAUACAUAAUGACAAGAAUUUUGCAAGUAAAUGGAAAAAAAAAAAGGAAAAUAUUUUUAAAUUUCCUAUUCAAGGAAAGAAAAACUUGAGCAUUAGAACUUUUGAAUGGCUAUGGCUUAUUAGAGAGAAUCACAUAAGGGAUAUUUGGAUGUAUUUUGCGCUUUUGAACCUAAAAUGUCGGCCAGACAGUUUGAGCACCCACGGAUCAAUAGUGACUUUGUUGUGUUGUUUAUUUUAUUUUGGUUUUGUACCUGAUUCAUUGCUUGCUUUUAUUACAUGGCUGGCUUUGCUAGUUACUGGGGAAAUGAAUUCGCAACUUUUCUUUC